AUGGAUCGAGAUCUGAUCCUCACCUUUCCCGUUGUUGAGCAGGACAACCAUUGCUCUCCACUCAAUCCCAUCUACCCCUCAACCCACCCUGCCAACACCAUGGAGGAUACCCUUGUUGUUGUCAAUGAAAAUCGCCUGCACGAUGAGGGGCCAAGCAUUGACCCCACUGUAGCAACCGUCUUGUCCAGUAUCGGAAUGGCAGUUUCUUUGAUCGUCUUACUGGUCGCUGCCAUCAAAUAUAUAAACCAUCAGGAGGAUUCUGCUAUACCCAAGAAAGGACUCAUUGGGAUAAUGCUGGCAAUGACAUCCAUUCUAAUUUCCAUGGUACUUUAUUUCGUUUAUUCCAUUCUGGUCAAGACCCCAUUUGACUAUCUGGGACCAAUGCGGAUUACACAAGUCCGAUUUCAAGAACAGGCAGACAUGGAAGUAGUCGAUGAAAAGGACCAUUAUCACUUUUACUACGAUGCUGCCUACGACUUGGACUGGGGGUUCGAGUGGGCAUGUCCCGGUAUGAGUGAGGGCACAUUACCCAAGCAAUGUCAUUCCUCUCUCAAGGUGGAGGGAUGUUCGGCUACGAUAUGCAGCAAACGCGUUUGCACGGAACAGGAACGACAAGCAGCCUUACAAGAGGUUGAACUAUGCGUCCAGCAAGAGAAUUUGUUUGAUAUGGAUGCCAACUACACACGCUUCGACCCCUUGAUGGGACCGUCCCAGGAUGACGACUGGCCACAUAUUGACGCCUUUGGGGACUGUGAUUCCUGCAGGGUCAUAUCCUCGCUGGCUUCGUCCGCAACGCUGGGUCGACUGAAAAUAGCGGGUGCUGUAUUUGUGUUGGUGGGCAUCUAUAUACUGUUACUUUUGUGCUAUUAUGGGUGUGGGGCAGACAGCAAGCGUGAAGGGCAACCUCAAGAGAAAGAGUCGCAAGAUCAGACUCAAAGAACAAUGGACUUCAGUCUUUCACAAAAUGCUGGUACUUAGCUUCGGAUUGCAUACUCAUCAGCACCUUUGUUGGGAACGGUGCUUGAGAAGCUGCGCCUUGAUGGCACUAUGCUCUGAAGACUACAAAAGGAUCCUCGUCUCUUUGGGAAUGUCAUUCGGUAGUUAACACGAUGCAAAUGGAGACAGAUUUAAAGCAUCUGGUCUAUGGAACUAACCUUGGUAUAGUCUUGCCUUGCUCUGUGGAAACCGAAGCAUUGAAGCUUCCCUUCCCU